AUGGUUAAUUAUAAGACUAUCAUCUCUGCUUUGGCCCUCUUAGCCCUUGCUGUUGCUGUUGCUGUCCCUUUCCCUAGUAAUACCAGCUUCUCUAUCAAACAGGUUGCUGUUAAGGUUCCUCCUAUCCCCCCAGCUGCUGUAUACGCCCGGGCUUAUGCCAGGCUUGGUGUUAAGGUUCCUGAUUAUGUAGCCUUGGCAGCUAGGAAUGGUUGGACUGAAUCUGUUACUGCUACUCCCGUUGCACAUGAUGUAUUAUACCUUACUCCUAUUAAAAUUGGUGCCAAUACCUUGCAAGUUCUCGUUGAUUCUGGCUCUGGUAAUCUAUGGGCUUAUACUCCUCAGACCCCUGCUGUUGGAUCCCACGCUACCUAUAAUCCCCAAACUGGCACGGUCCUGGAGGGUUUUUACUGGGAGGUCAUAAAUGGACAAGGUGUUAUUACUCAAGGUCGCGUGGUCCUAGAUAAGGUUUCUGUUGGCCGUCUUACCUCUCCCUUACAGGCUGUUCAGCUUGUUGACAGUAUUGAACCUAUCUCAGCUAUGCAUAAUCCUAUGAGAGCACAUGACGGUGUCCUUGGAAUCGCCUUGUCUAAGAGGAAUGCUGUUCGACCUAUAAAGCAGAGAACCUUCUUUGAUAAUAUUAAGAACAACCUUGCUGCCCCUCUUAUUGCUGCCUAUAUUAAGCAUGGGGCUCCUGGUACCUACGACAUUGGUUGGAUUGAUACUACAAAUAUUGGUGGCGAUUUCUCUAGUUCUACCCCUUUCUUUGCUGUUGUCGACACUGGUGCUAGCCUCAUCCUCCUCCAGAACAGCAUUGUCGCACAGUACUAUGAUAAGAUUCCCGGUGCAUAUAUAUCGCCUGUAAGAGGUGGAUACGUCUUCCCGUGCACUGAUACUGAUAUCAUUCCUGACUUUACGCUUAAUCUUGGUGAAUUCAACACCACCAUUCCUGGGUAUUUACUCAAGUAUGCUACCUAUGGUGACCAUUGCUUUGGUGGUAUCCAAAUCAGUCCUGUCCCUAGCUACAAUUUUCUCGGCGAUGUCUUCCUAAAGCGCCACUAUGUUAUUUUCUCUAGCUAUUCCCACGGUCCCCGGAUUGGUAUCGCUGCCCAGGCCUAA